AUGGCGUGCGAGGGCGAGGAAGCCAUGGAGCUGACGUGCGUCAGCGUGGCAAGUGAGCGAGAGGCUGAAGCCCGAGGGAGUCACAACAAACCUCUGGAGUUCUGCUACUUCUACACGCACUCGAAGGGCGACUUCCUCCAAAGCUGCAUCCGGGAGAGGAUAGUCUACAAGUACAAGCCCAGCGCCAUCUUCUUCUCGCCUGAGCCUCUGUCUGCCGUGCUGGCCUGGCCUCGAGCACAGUUAGCCCUGGCGCUGUUGAGUGCAACAUGGUUGGUCUUCAUCACUCUGAAGCUGCAGUCAAUCCAAUCUGCAGGGUAUUUCUCGCUGGUGAACGAGGAAGCGAGGGUGCGAGAGUUCUCGACGGCAGCUUUUGGACGGGACCGAGAGCUUGCCUGCUCGUGGGAGCUUGUCCUCGAAAUGUUCAUAUCCUUCCUCCUGGGUGUCUCCGGGCUUCUGAUCAGCAUCCUUGCGCAUACGAGUCGCAUCGAGUUAGCUAAGCUGUUGAUGCUCGUCACCGGCUUUGUCGGCAUCACGACCAAUUUCAUCAUCUUCGUCAAGCUGACGUUACAAGGCUCUGCCAGGAGUGGGCUGAGGACGCCGAGCUGGUUCUUUUUAGUGAACGUGAUGACGGACGUGCUUUUGUUUCCUAUGCCGCUGGCAGUGAACGAGAGCUGGGUGGUGGAGCUAGUGCUGCUGGACAGCAUAGUCCACCUGAGUGUGGAGUUUGCGGACGGACAGCUGCCAUACUUGUACAUGCUGAUGGCAACCGUUGCCCUCAGCUUUCUGCUGGCGCGCGAGCGUAUGAGACGGCGAGUGCUGCGGGAGAUGCGUCAGGAACAAGAAGGAGCGUGGGAGGAAGAAUGGAUGAAGAUGCGAGGCAGCUGGGCUCUCCGGUCUCUGACGAAGGCUCUUCGAGUUGGGCCCGACUAUCGGUCGUUUGCGUUCGGGUCUUUUGGUCCGAUCGUCAUAGAUGAGGAGGCAGAGCUGGAUUACAUCCCGGCUUGCAACCCCAAGACCAACACGAAGAGCGUCAAACAGAUUCUUCGGUUCCGUCAUGGCUGGAAGAUGUCGAUGCAGCUGUAUGACUACCGAUGGUUUCUUGAUUGGCUUCAUCCGGCGGGAGUGGAGGACACCUCACAGAUCCUCAACGACAUCUCCUCCACCCUGCUGGCAUGCAAAGCCAACGAAGAGAAGCCUGAGAUCACAGUGGCGACAUUCAAGAGCUUGUAUGCCGGAGACUUGCUGGACACCCAGCUGGAAAAGACGGCCCAUGGGGUCUUAGGAGUCUCGACCUCGACCAUCAUGUUCUCCUCCACGCCGCUCACUAGCGCCAUGCACAAGCGAUUUUUCCAGCUUGUGACGCUUGUGGUAGGAAUCUCCUUUGGGUACUUUGUGUUCACCGGAGAGAAUGCGGCUCAAGUGUCCAGGAACGGAAUGAUGCAGUCUGAUGCUUAUCGCCUGCGCAUCAAGACCGUUCGCAACGCUUCCGCAGCAGCUCGCCCUGAGGUCUACAACAGCUCCUUUGCCCUGGUCAGAGACUGCUGCUCUCGCUUCUACCCCUCGUCAGUGUCGGUCCGAGACUCCUUCCUCUACUUCAGCUUCAAUGAGUCGUUCCCAGCUAACGGCUGGCAGCUGGAGAUUGCAUCUGAUCGAAGUCUGGCGCAGUUUGACCCCCACGAGCUGACGCUCCAGCGAUGGGACGAGACGUCAGACGCAGGCAACGCCUCGUGGGAAGAGAUCAGCUCCUUCUCCUGCAGAGCGCACCCAGAGCUGAAGCUCUGCAAUGCUGUUGGGGAGCUGGCGAGUGACACCACGAUCCGGUUCGAGCUGAGGGAGCCAUGGAGAAAGAUCAUGCGCUACGUGAAUCAUGUGGAGCAAAGCGCCGUAUGCUUUCUGGCUGUGUUCUUUGCGCUUAUCCGCAACUCGUUUCUUGCCAAGACCUUUGUCUCUUCUCCUUUCCAUAUCGCUGGGGUGCUGGAGCUGGUGACCUGCAUGCCUGUGAACUUUCUUGACCCGGAGAGUGCUCACGACUUCAUCUUCGGUAUCGCAGACCUCGGCUACGGGCUGAUCCUUCAGUUCAAAGAGCGGUACACGCUCAGCGCUCUCCCGGUCUACUGCUUGGUCACCACCUUGGGCGACAUUGCCAUCGGAAUGGACUGGUUCCAAAGCCCCCAACCCUUCCACGUGGACUACAUCCCUUUCAGCACGUACGUCCUACUUGUAGCAUGGAGCUACUUCUGGUUUUCGAGGAAGAUGCUGCUCCGCAAGGCCCUGAAAGCCAUCGAAGGAGACAAGAUCAAGUACGACGAGCAGUGGAAACUGCUGGUCUCGCAGCAAGAGAGCCUGGAGCGGCUGACAGAGCUUGCAAGCAAGUGCAAGCAGGUCCCUUCAAGUCCCGCCAAACAGAAAGGAACUCAAGAUGUCCUCUUCGACCCCGACAACCCUUCCAUCUACGAUCGACUCCUUCUCCAGCUCCACCCCAACGAUCAACAACCCGGCAUGUCAGGAGCCAGGACGAUCAAGCGCGAGCAUCGAAUUUCAAAUCAGAGGGUACUGUUCAGGGUUCCGGAAAUAGUCAUGGCAGCCGGAUGGGGAUCGGCGAUAGCCGCCGUGGCGAUGGUGGCGAUGGUGGGAGGGAUGGUGGCUGUCUUGACGUCUCCGUCUCCUCUCGCAGCCACCAGCCAACUACUCAGCACAAGUGAGCAGGAGAGUAGCCGAAAGCUGGUAGGAGGCGAUCGGAGGACUGUAGGAUGGGUCAAAGUCGAUCCACCAAAGAUUCAUAUUUCUCCGCUCCAUGUGGAUGCGUCCAUUGACGAUGGCAGCCUCGACUCCUUGUACAGAGAGUCGGAGAACGAGCUGCUAUCGGACUUGAGGGAAAAACUCCAGGAGAAAGUGGAGAAAGAGGUACAACGGCAGGUCAAGGAGAGAGUUCCUGCCAUGCAAGCACAACUUGAGAAGGAGGCGAGAAAGAAGCAGCUUGUUUCUGAUAUCACCAGCGAGAUGGAGCAAGUGAACGCGGGAUUCAAUGCUAUCGAGGACCUAAAGGUAGGAGUUGAAGCGCACAAGGCCUUGUUCUUGAUAUGCCAGCAGGCGAAACAAGCGGAGUCAGCGAAAGCACUGGAAGGGCUGGAGGAAGACAUGAAUUCAGACGAGACCAAGACUCUCUUCCAACAGGCAAUGGCUCUUCUCAAUGCCGGGAAUGCUACCAACUGCUCCAGCGGAGCAGAUGCUAAUUGCACAAACGGUACCAGCUCCGAGUUGCAAGAAGAAGUCACUUCGCAGGAGAAGGCUAUCCUGAAGACAAACUUAGCCUUGAAGCAGCACCAGAUGGCUUUGCACAAGCUUGUCAUGGAAAGCAAAAGUCUUGCUAAGCGAAGGUCAGCUUUGGUCCCCAAGAGCCCCUUGCUGCAAGUCGAGAAGGAUCUGAAAGCAAAGAAGCUAAAAAGCAAGCAGCUAGCAAACGCUUGGAUGAAAGACAAGCGGGAGAUCCAGCAGGAGACGAUGAGAUUGAACGCUCUGCUCAGAAACAAGGAGAGCAAGUCAGCGAAGAAGGUCACUCCGGAGUCAUUCGGAGAGAAGCAGGCCUUCAUGAAGUCGUUUGCCAAAGGCUUUGGGUUCGUCUCCAAGCAGAGAAAGUUGACGCAGCAGGAGCAGCGCUUGAAACAAAUCAUGCAGGACUGCGUAGAGGGGAAGGCUGACUGCUUGAAGUAUGCUUUGAAGAUGAAGAAGUAA